CUGUAUUAGGUGAGCUUUGGUUUCGUUUGAAACUGUCUGCUGCCCGGACCCUCGAGAUAAGACCCCAUCUCUCAUUCUUCCUGGUGAGACCUCAGGAAUCUACAAGUCAUGGCUGACACAGAAGUCAUGGAGGAGGAAGUUCAGGAAGUGGAGGAAACCGAAGAGGAAGUGGAAGUGGAAGUGGAAGAGCCUGCGGAAGUAGAAGAGGAGCCAGAACCUGAACCACAAGAAGCUCCAGUGGAGGAGGAGGCCACAGAUGAGACAAAACCAAAGCCAAAAUUCAUGCCAAAUAUCACUGCUCCAAAGAUUCCUGAAGGAGAUAAGGUGGACUUUGAUGUGAGUUUGGAUUUGAAUUACAUCACUUCCUGUAGUCGCUUCAAAGUGUUUGGAAUGGAAUACUGGUGUCUUGCUUAUACUAUACCGAAUUAUGUAAACAUGCACAUUAUUAAUGAUGAAUAUUUUCAAUAGUACGCUAUACAUGAC